AUGCAAAGGCUUGCCCAUCCGCUGGAGGCAACAGCCGAGUACGACGACGAGGCUGACCUGAUACAGGAGAAGCCGAAGGCCACUUCCGCCGUGCCAGCAAACGUUGGAGGCAAGAUCGACGGCGCAACCCGUGCAAAGCUCCUAAAGGAGCUGGACACGCAGGAUGACGCCAAGCUGCAUGCUGCACUUGUGAAGAGCGAGGGCGCCCGGAAGCGCUUCAUCGCCGAGCUCCACGCCAAGCGGAACCUCGAGCAGCUGAAGGCCUCACAGCGGCUGCAGAAGGCAGACGAAGAUCGCGAAGCGCGCCUGGCAAAGCUGGAGCAGAUCAAGAAGCAGCAGCAUGCCCGCGCCGAGGCCCACAGGGCAGCGGAGGAGGCGAAGAAGAGCACGAUGGCCCAGCUAGAGGUUCUGAUGAAGCAGAAGGAGGCACAGGCCAUCAGAAGGCUGAUUCAGGAGAAGGACGCGCAAGACCGGGGCAUGGGUCGCGAGAAGGAUGCGGCACGUCAGCGGAGGAAGAUGCAGGAGCGCUCCGCCGCAGAAGUGCGGGCCAUCGAGGAGGAGCGGGCGCAGCAGCUUGCGCGGAAGCGCGACACGGAGGUCGAAAAACGGCAAGGGCUGAUCUUGAAGAAGAACCGGCAGAUAGCAGAGAUUCUCCGGGACGAGAAGCUGAAAGACCGGGAGUACCAGGUGCGGCUCCGAGAGGAGAAGGACCUCAUCAUCGCCGACGUUUGGAAGAACAAGGCCCAAGUACGCGUGGCACAGGAGGAGAAGGAGCGUGAGUACCUGCGCCUGGAGGAGAUCCGAGAAAAGGUCAACGUCGAGAGGGAGCGGCGGCGCGCCCUAGACGAGCUCAAGCAGAUCAGUGCCAUCCGAAAGCACGCGGAGGAGGAGAAAGAAGUCACCGUGAAGAGGCGAGAGAAGAUGCGCAAGGAAUACCUCCUUCAGCUGAAGGUCGAAGCCAGCAACAGGGCCCAGGCUGUGCGCGAGCAAGCCAGGAGGAAUGAGCGCCGCGAGCAGAAGAUCCAGGAGCGUGAAGAAGCUCGCCUUCGCAAGUUCCGAGAGUCCCAAUUCAUGGACACCAUGCGUGCCACGCGAACCUUCAUGCCGGUAUGUGUGGAUGGUCAGGUAGCUGCAGGUCGCCGCUUGCUACUGAGUGGGGAGGUCGUCAUGCUGCGCAUUGACGGCGACGGCGCGUCUGGUUCAUAUCCUUCUGCUGCUGCAAGUGGCACGAAGCGGGGUGCUCCAAGAAUGCAGCUUGUGUGCGACCCGGUGUGCAAUCCCAUGGACUGGGAGAGGGAUUCACCUGAAGGAGGUUUGGCAAGUGCUUUGGCAGGCUUGGCCAAGUUUCGGUCGUACUACAAAGACUUGCUGGCAAUGGGCUCAGAAGACUGGGAGCAAUGCGAAAGGCUGUUUCAAAGUCCAGUACCUCUAAGCCUGCGCUUGAAUAGAUCUCCGCUGCACAACGACACAGUCUCCGCAUUGAUCGCCAGGCUAGGCCACAGGGCAGAAUUUGUGCCCUGGAUGGAGCAGCAUGGUGGCGCGCUGCAUGUUGCACCUACCGCAAGCCAGGAAGAAGCCGCGGAUGGCCUGGAGCUUGUGAACAUGCUGGCCUCCGCGGGCGAAGUGGUAGUCCAAGAUGGGCUGUCAAUGCUGCCCGCUGCGGCUCUCGACCCUCAGCCGGGCGAGGCGGUCUUGGACCUCUGCAGCGCGCCCGGCAGUAAGACCUGCCAACUGCUGGAUGCCAUCACACAAAAGCAAGCAAGCAGCAGCCUCCUGAUUGCCAACGACCUCCGAGUGGAACGAUCGGAGCGGACGUGGUCGCGAGCAAAGGCACAGCCUUGCACUCCGCUGGUGAUUACGAAUGUGGAUGGGACUUGCUUUCCCGACUUGCUUGGCGGCGCCUUUGAUCGCAUCCUUGUGGAUGCUCCCUGCAGCUCGGACGGGACUGUUCGUAAGGAGCCCAAGCGAUUGCAGCGCUGGAGUAUGGGCUCUGGGUUGAGCCACCAUGAGCUACAGCUGCGUCUGCUGCGCAGGGGCCUGGCGUUGCUCAGACCUGGGGGCAGACUGGUCUAUUCGACUUGCUCAAUCAACCCCCUGGAAUGCGAAGCCGUGGUACAAGCGGCUUUGGUUGAGACUUCUCCCGAUGUCCGCCUCAUACCUGCAGAGGCAGUUCUGCCUGAGGGCUGCCCAAGGGGAAUGCCUGGCUUGAGCACGUGGAGCGUCCCUGAGGAAUCCAGCCAGGUGCUGAGCACCAUGUUCCCUGUGUCAAAGCCGGAGUCUUCGGAAUUGUCGCUGCACCACUGCGCCCGAUUCCUGCCCAUCCACGGCCCACACUUCGGCGGCUUCUUCCUGGCAGCCUUCACCCGCGAGGGAGGGGCCGAAGCGCACUCUGCCCAAGCACCCGGAGCUCAUCUUCCAGGCGCGGCUUCGCAGCCACUUCUUGAAAGAUUCGAGCUGGUCGACCCCGUGGGUUUCCGAGAGUUGGUGGAGUUCUUCGGCUUGCAGGGACCCGAGCUGGAGCAGUUGGUGUCAUUUCCACAAGGCGUUGUCAGCUUGGUUGGUGCGCGACUUCACACGUUGAGCAAGCCUCCUGCGGGCCUGUCCGUCCUGCACGCCGGAACGCCACUGCUGCAUAAGAUGGCUGCGGUGGCACCGCACAACUGGAAGAUUUGCCCGGAAGGGGCCAACUGCUUGGCCACACUGGCCACAAAGCGGAAGGUGUACCCUGCGGAGGACGCCCUGCAGCUUCUCUUGCGUGAGCGUGUCGGGCCAUGCAGUGAGCUUGAUGGACCAGUUCUGGUUCGAGUGCCUUUGGAUAGCAACGGGCGUUCUGGCCAGCAGGUGUGGCUAAGUGGGGAGAUUGUGGAUGGCCAGCUGACUUUAGAUUCGUCUGGAGAUUUGCUGCGACGAUGCCAGCUUGCAACGGGUCCACCCGCUGUCCUUGCCAAGCCUGAGGAGGAUCUGGAUAGCCAGGGCAACGCUGAGCGCACGCUGGAGGCUGGGCAGAUGAGCCAGACGGGCAUGACCGACCAGGCCCACCGGAAGACCCUGGAGGCUGACGAGAGGCGCAAGCGCCAGGCCGAGAGGGACGAGAAGUUGAAGCGAGAAGAUGAGAAGAAAGGCAAGAUGCAGCAGCUCAGUGGCAAGAACCCGAACCUGGCAGAGCUCGAAAGGAUCCGGGAGUGGCGUUCGGCAGACGAAGCAAAGAAGCAGAUGCUGGAGGACGCCCGCACGAAGCGGGAGCUGUCAAGGGAGCAGGCGCUGCGCGACAUGCAUGAGACAAACGCAAAGCGCGAUGAGCUCUGGAAUCAGCUCGAGGUGACCCGGACGGAGAGGGAACAGGACCGGCAGCAAAACCGCCAGAAGGCUGUGAUCGAGCACAUCAAGAACAUGCCCGUCGGCGGUGGUCUGCCGAAUGUCUUGGUGUACUGA